AUGGCAAACAACUUCUCAGGAGCUCUGCUCUUGACCGACCUCAAUGACUUUAUCUCGCCGUCACAGGCCUGUAUCAAGCCUGUCGAAGUCAAGAAAACUUCAGACUCGAACGCUGCUAAAAACGAGAUCCGUAUCGAUGAUACUGGCGACUACUAUGAGAUCUCCCAGACCGGAGCUACUCGUCUCGAAAAGGCAACAAUCACAUUGAAUGAUUGUCUGGCAUGUAGUGGAUGUAUCACUUCGGCCGAAACUGUCCUCAUUACGCAGCAAUCGCAGGAGGAAUUGUAUUCUAUACUGGAUCAAAAUCGACUGGCUAGAGAGGCCGGCCUGCCAACGAAAACCAUAGUCAUCUCUCUAUCUCCACAAUCCCGAGCUUCAUUUGCUGCCAAAUACGACAUGCCCGUAUUACAAGCUCAUCGGAAACUAGCUUGGUUCUUCAGACAGUAUCUGGGUAUCGAGUACAUGUUUGAUACAUCCUUUGCCAGAGACUUUAGCUUGUUGGAAUCGGCAAGAGAGUUUGUCGCUGGGUAUAGAAGGAGAGCUGUUGAUGGAGUCUCUGUUCCCAUGCUGGCUUCUGCAUGUCCAGGUUGGAUUUGUUAUGCUGAGAAGACCCAUUCGUACAUAUUACCAUAUAUAGCAUCUACGAAAUCUCCACAGCAAAUAAUGGGAUCCCUUGUAAAAGAUUGGCUAGCGUCACAUUUGAAUCUCCCAGCAUCAUCUAUAUACCACGUAUCAGUCAUGCCCUGUUAUGACAAGAAACUAGAAGCCUCUCGAUCAGACUUUUACUCGGAUGUAUACGCCACUCGAGAUGUAGAUUGUGUGUUGACAACCGGAGAAGUAGAACGUAUGUUUGCCAAUCACCAAUUCAACUUUGCCAGUCUACUGGAAAUGGACAUUGAAACGAAUUGGACGAAAUGUACAGUCAAUCCUCUUGGAUUGCCUACACUAUUAGGAGCUGAGGGUAACUCAUCGGGUGGUUAUCUCAGUUAUAUAUUCCGAUACGCUGCUCAUGAGCUUUUUGGUAUAAGCUUGACUGCGCGGGAUGUAGAGCUUGGGAAUGACGCCUUAGGUGUUGCCAUCAAGGCUGGUAGGAAUUCAGACUUUUGGGAAGUCUGUCUGCUAAAUCCCCAAGAUCCCAAUACGCCACUACUCAAAUUCGCUGCAGCUUAUGGGUUUAGAAAUAUUCAAAACCUUGUACGAAAAAUCAAACAACCCAAUAACUCGACAAAUGGGAUUGGUAGUGUGAACACGACCGUCACCGCACCUGGUAGUAGAGUGUCAAGGAGAGCCGGUCGACAAACAGCAGAAUCAGAUCAUCACUUUGUAGAAGUCAUGGCGUGCCCCUCUGGUUGUAUAAAUGGUGGUGGUCAGCUUAAACCAGAAGGAGAUAUGACGACAUCGUCAUCUGCUGCAGGAACUGGUAAAGAAUGGGUUGCACAUGCUGAAGCUGCAUACAAGUCGUUGGAGGCAACACAAGCACCUGAAGCCAAUCAAGAGAUAUGGCGACUUUACAGGGAAUGGCUUGGUGGUGAAGAUUCAGAAAAGGCACACAAAAUGUUACAUACGCAAUAUCACGCUGUAGAAGCAUUUGAUGUCAAUCCUUUAGCUCCGAUGGACUUGAUCACGAACGAAGUUGUCACAUUUUCGGCAAUAGUCUGCGCCGUGAUCUUGCUCUAUUAUGGCCUCUCGACGCCAUACUAUAACAUCAUCUAUCCCAAAAAUCAAUCCAAACUUUCACGCACUCACCCCGCAGAGCUACUUCCAGCAGGCGGCAGAUAUGAAGAUCUUCCACAUAUAUUGAUAGUUACUGCUCAUCCAGAUGAUGAGUGCAUGUUCUUUGGGCCGAUUCUGUGUACAUUAAAAAGUUAUGGACUUCCUGUUGCUCUGCUAUGUUUCUCAACUGGUAAUCAUCAAGGACUGGGUGUUACUCGUCGCAAAGAGUUAGAUGAGGCGUGUCGAGACUUUGGGAUUUUGGACGUGACGUGUCUGGAUGAACCGGACUUACAAGACAAUCCAUCUUGUACUUGGAAGCCAGAACGGAUCUCUGAGCUGCUAAACCAACAUAUAUCCAGAAUGAAGAAUGGAUGUCGUGCCAUCAUCACGUUUGAUGAUUAUGGAGUAUCAGGACAUGCAAAUCAUCGUGCCUUGUUUCAUGGAGCUCAACUAUACAUGUCAUCACCAAACAAGAAGAAUCCACCACCACCAGCAUACAGUCUCACAUCAAUACCCCUCUAUCGGAAAUUCACCUCGCAUUUGGAUUUAAUUUAUUCUGCAGCACCGUUACGGAACUUGUUUACAGCACAAAGUUCACCCAUUCCCAUACCAUUUGCAAAGGACGAGUUGCUCCCUGUCUUAUUCGUAUCGACAUCAGAACAGUACCGAGUAUCUGUCGGUGCUAUGUUGAAACACGCUAGUCAAAUGGUGUGGUUUCGUUGGCUGUAUAUAACGUUUUCUAGAUAUAUGGUUGUAAAUGAUUUGAAGAAGGUGCCUCAUAUGUAG